AGCAGCAGCCGGAAGUGAUGAGGUUAAUUCCCCAGCUUGGGCAGAGGGGGGAUAAAUUGAGGGUGCCGGGCAUCCACAUCUUCAGGACCUGCCCAUCACCAUGGCCACAGGAAGAGUCUUGCUAGGCUCUCUGCUUCUCCUGAUCCUCCACUUGGACCUUGGUGGGAGCCAGGGGGCCUGGGAGGCUCUGGUGGUGGAGAGAGAGCUCUCAUCCGAGCCAGCGGUGGACAGAGAGACCCAGAGGCCACAGCUGGGGGCCCGCCUGCGCCGAGCCCUGACCAGCCCGUGCCAGCUGUGGAGCCUGUCCUUGCCCGUGGCCGAGCUGGGCCUGGGCUACAUGUCGGAGGAGACGGUCAUCUUCCGCUACUGCGCCGGCAGUUGUCCCCGCGGUGCCCGCACCCAACAUGGCCUGACGCUGGCCCGACUGCAGGGCCAGGGCCGAGCCCAUGGAGGACCCUGCUGCCGGCCCACCCGCUACGCCGACGUGACCUUUCUCGAUGACCACCACCGCUGGCAGCGGCUGCCCCAGCUCUCGGCGGCGGCCUGUGGCUGCAGUGGCUAAAGAUGGCCGGCCCAGGGCCCUGCAGCAGCUGGAGGAGCUCAGCUGACUUAUUUACUGGAGGCCCAGAGGCCGAGGCGAAGAGAGGGGAAGGUGGGCUGGGGCUACCAGCAAGGGGCUCAAUAAAGGAAACUGCUCCUCUA